UGAUCGCAUUUUUAAGGCUACAAGACAUUACUCGGCACUACAAAUAUAAAAUAUUUAUCUUAGGUCGAAGAAUUCAAUUUAUACGGAGUACAUAUUCACAAUACUGAAAGAAAUUGAUAUAAAUAUUUAAAGAAAAACAAUAAAGAGCAAAUACAAUUAUCUGGUUGGAUAUUGAAGUAACUUAAAAUUGAAUAAAAAAAUUAACAAAUGGCUGCGAGCGCCCCAGAUGAGCAUUUCGAAACCACUGAGUUUGACGAGGAUGCUGAAGACGAGCAAUUCGUUGCGAUGGCCACGAAUGCAGGCCGCAAGCGCCUUUUUAGCAAGGAGCUGCGCUGCAUGAUGUUCGGUUUUGGCGACGACAAAAAUCCCUAUACAGAAACAGUCGAUCUGCUCGAAGAUCUGGUGAUUGAGUACAUAACCGAAACUACGCAUCGCGCCAUGGAAAUUGGACGCACAGGACGUGUGCAGGUGGAAGAUAUUAUAUUUCUGGUGCGGAAGGAUCCACGGAAAUAUGCACGCGUCAAGGACUUGCUGACCAUGAAUGAGGAAUUGAAGAAGGCACGCAAAGCGUUCGAUGAAAUUAAAUAUGUUGGCACUGAGGGUAAGACCAAAUAGUUCAUCACACCCUAGUAAUAAAAAUAGUAAUGUAAUGCUUAUACAAAUUUAAUAAAUAACUAAUUUAAUUAUCAACGAUUUUACAAAUCAA